ACAACAACAUUUACCUCCCUUAGACAAUUUAUCUUAUGAGCUAAAUGAGUUACCUCCCAGUUCAAAGAUACGCCAUUUGCGGUACUGAAAAAACUAACAAGAAGUUAUUCCCAGUGUAUGCAGUUAACGUUUAAAUAUCGACUUAUUUAGUAUACAACAUAGUAAAGUAGACCUGAGUAAUUCAAUAAUCAGAAGUCAGAAGCAAGGUCAGAAGAUACAGAACAGUGUGAUCCUAUAAAAUUUCAGUGUGAUCCUAUAAAAUGGCAGGACGAAAUGGUCGUAAGUCUAUACAGACUGGUUCAGACGCUGUCUUUGAUGUAAUGUGUACACCCUGUGGCGAGGAUGGGGCUCAAGAAGAAGCUGUCCAGUACUGUCCCAAUUGUCAGGAAUAUCUCUGUUCCUCUUGUACAAAAUGUCAUCAACGUAUGAAGGCUACCAGAGGCCACGUUCUAAUAGGAGCAAGGCAGGCAAAACAAAACCCUGUGGCAGCAGGUACAACAGUUGAGGAGAAAUGCUGGUAUCAUCCAGACAGAAAUAUAGAGAUGUUUUGUGGAACACACAACAUGGUCUAUUGUGCAAGGUGUAUUGCUACUGAACAUAGGUCUUGUAGUGGAGUAACAGAUAUAGAACAUGCAACUAAAGGUAGAUACAGCAUAGAUGAGCUUCAAGGUUUACAGUCUGAAAUAAAUGAGAUUUAUGAGCAACUUACUGAUGUAAGUAAGAAGAAGGGAAAGAUUCUUGCAGAAACUGAAGAGCAGAAAGCCAGCAUACUUGGUAGGAUUAAAGAUAUGAAAAAGAAAAUGAUAGACCACAUAGAAAAAUUGGAAAGAGUUGCAACUGAAGCCGUGAAAGAAAAGUACAGUGAGGUUAAGAAGGAGCUUGAUGAAGAUAUGUCUGAAGUAAACAAAAUGAUUGGAAAACUGGAAGAGAGAAAAAAGAAAAUGAAUACAGCAGUUCAUAUGGAUAAAGGUCGAAGGUUUGUUCAAGUUAAACUUGCACAGAAGGCUGCUGCUGAUGCUAAAACAUUAUGCAAAGAAAAUACUUCAAGGCAUAAUAAAGUUAUUGUGUUUGCCGAGGAUGAAGGAUUAAGUGAUGCACUAAUGAAAAAACAAGCAUUUGGUCAAAUAAACAUAGUUGAGCAGCAGAAAGAAUUGGAAAUCAAAACAGUUUCUAUGCAGUUACAUGAGGAACAGUUUAUUUGUUUGAUUGCUGAUUUAUGUCAAUUACAUGAUGGAACCAUCCUUGUCGUCGAUCAGAGGAACCAAAAACUGAAGAAACUAGAUAAAAACUACCAGGUAAGCGAUAUCUGUGAAUUUAAUAGUGAACCAACAGGCAUAUGUUGUACAGGAAAGGAAGAAGUGGCAGUGAAACUGAAGAGUGAUAGGAUAGUGUUUUUAACUAUCAGUGGUUUUGAUUACAAUGAGCAUGCAGAGAAGUGUAUAAUGAUAGAAGAUGGAGGUUCUUGGGGAAUGGCUUAUUUUGCUGGUGAUUUGUGGGUGUCGUUCAGAGGUGGUAUAAGAGUAUACUGUUUGUCUGGCCACCUUAAAGAUGUCAUUACUGAUGUCGUUGGGCCCUUUGGAGAAGUUAUUAACCUGUCACCUGUUCACCUUGCUGCAGGCCAGGAUUCAGUUUUUGUCGCAAAUGGUCGUGAUGGAGCUCUUUGUCUAGACGAGGAUGGUUGCCUGAAAUACGAAAUCCGAGAUGACAGGCUGAGAUUUACACGGGGAGUGUGUGUAACCAGUCAAGGUACUAUAUUCCUGUCUGGUUCACAGUCGAAUAAUGUUGUCAUGUUCAACAAAGAUGGUGAAGAUUGCCCUUUGGAGAUGGUUUCAGCAAACAGGAUGUGUCAGAAAGGUCCUGUAGCUCUGUUGUAUGACUACACAAAGAACUGUCUGUUGAUAACAAACAAUUUCUCAAGUUGUAUUACUGUUGUGGACUAAGAGAAUGAACUGAUGAACUGGUAGAGAAAGAUGGACUACCAGUAUUAAUAGAGAAUGAAGCUUUGGACUAGUUGAGAAUGAAAUUGUGGACUUACAGAGAAUAAAAUGUUUGACUGAUAGAGAUUGAAAUUGGGGACUUAUAUAGAAUAAAAUGGUGGAUUGAUAGAGAAUGAAAUGGUGAAUUAAUGUAGAAAUGAAACAAUGGAUUAAUAGGGAAUAAAUUAGUGGACUUACAGAGAAAUGAAUUGGUGGAUUAAAAGCGCAUGUUUACAUUCACUAUGUAUCUUUAUAGAAAGAAAAUAAUGUUUAUUUCCCAUGAUCUGAUAUCAUUCAAAAAAAAAAAUAAACAAAAUAGUAUUAUUGAAAAUAAAUUAUCAGCAGUCAAAAUUUCAGAAAGAACGUUCCAUGACAGCGAAUAACAUCCUUUUUCACAGUAAAGUUCAAAACUUGAAUUAACAAAACUAUGCAAUUUUUCUUUGUAUUCAAGGAUUUUAUGGAUUAAAAUAAGGAACUGUA